CAGGGGGAGGGAGAGGAGGGGGAGGCUCCUGAUACCAAGACACGGAAAAGCAGGGGAGGGAAAGAGAGAAAGAACAAGGGGCUGGUGGAGGAAGAGGAGAGGGGAGUUGGAGAAAUCGGGGAAUAACACUUAACAAAAAGCGCACAGAGAAGAGGAGGGACGGCACCCGGCGCGUUGGACAUCCCCAGCUUUCUUCCCCUCGGGCUGUCACAGCAGAUUGGACUCCGGAGGACCGACACGGCGGCCACCCCAGACCCCAUGGGGUAACAGAUGUUUUGAGGAGAGGCUUUUGUUCAGCUACACAGAUGAACAACAGGAAGGAGGACAUGGAGAUCUCAUCUCACUACCGUCAGCUCCUCAGAGAGCUCAAUGAGCAGAGGCAGCACGGCAUCCUCUGUGACGCCUGUGUCAUUGUGGACGGAAAGAUCUUCAAGGCCCAUAAGAACGUCCUUCUGGGCUCCUCGCGUUACUUCAAGACUCUUUACUGCCAGGUUAAAAAAGGAGCCGAGCCUCCCCAUCAGACUACUGUUACUCACCUCGACAUCGUGACGGCGACUGGUUUCAAAGCCAUCCUGGACUUCAUGUACUCGGCGCACCUUGCGCUUACCAGUAAGAACGUGAUCGAAGUCAUGUCGGCCGCCAGCUACCUGCAGAUGACAGACAUCGUCCAGGCCUGCCACAGCUUCAUCAAGGCUGCCCUCGACAUCAGCAUCCGCCAGGAGAUGGCCGACGAGCUGGCCGACUUUGAAAUGGGAGCUGUUGCUGCAGGUUUAGGAGGAGGCGGGGGAGUUGCCGGGGGUGGAGGAGGGGUCGGUUUAGCUGGAGCAGGGGGUGUUCCAGGGGCCGGUUUGGGGGGAGGAGGUGGCAUAGUGGGCAUAGCCUCCGAAGCCUUGGCUUCCAUCAUUUCCGGUCGCAGCACCUCGCCCUGGCUGGCGCGCCGAACCAGUCCAGCCAACUCCUCCGGGGAUUCAGCCAUUGCCAGCUGCCACGAGGGAGGCAGCACGUAUGGGAAGGAGGACCAAGACCCCCCUAAGAGCCAUGAGAGCCAGGAGGAUGGCUGCCAUGACUCUCAGCCCGCCUGGCCUCAUGACUACAGGCCAGUCAACGUCAAAGAAGAACAGGUGUCCCCUGCCUCCUCUUCACAUCCAAGGGACACCCCCAAGGGGUCAACCCAAAGCCAGGUAGAACAAGGGGCAGGGGGAGCUAGUGGUGGAGGCGCUGAAGGACCCUGGCAACCCCUAUCAGGGUCAGGGCGGAGGAAGAACCGGAAGAACAAGGACACAGUCAGGCAUAUUACCCAGCAGGCUGAGAGAACCUGGGAUCGGCAGCGGGACAGGGACAGAGACAGAGACAGCAGGCCUGGAUCUCCACUCCCCUCCAUGCUGGCUGUCACUGGAUGGAACUACAAUGGACAGGACAUCCCAGGGGCAGACGUGACCGAACCCAACAGCUCAGACAGCCGCGGCGAACGCCUCGAUUUCUUCCUCAAGCAGGAAGAGGCUCUCGCCACAGAGCCAGGUUUCCUGGGCGCCAACGAAUCGGAGGAGGCCAGCGGAGGAGCGGGAGGCGGGGGCAUCUCAUCCGUAGCCAAUCUGAAGGCUGCGCUGAUGAGUAAGAACAGCCUGCUGUCGCUGCGGGCUGAGAUGAUGGGAGAUGAUAACCCCUUGCUUUAUGAGUACCUGCCCAAAGGAGGACACUCCCUGUCCUGGCUCCGCUCCAACAACUACUGCAGCGCGCUCCGGCCAGGGGCCACGGGGGCCGCUGUUCAUAACAAAGAGGGCGCUGGUUCCUCUCCUCCUCUUCCUCUUCUUCCUCUUCAUCUACCACCAUCACCACCACCACCACCACCCCAUCUGCCAUCAUCAACAUCAGCAUACUGCCCACCCUCUCCGCCCACACCACUGCACCCAUCCGAGCCUCGGCCCCUGGAGGCCCCCGGGCUGCGGGCUGGGGCGACGCCGCUGCACUCAGAAGGACUGGACAUGGAAGUUGAAGAGGCCCCCGAGGGCACAGAACCCUCCGCCUUGCCUGAGGAGGGUAUAAAGGACAAAGAAGAUAUGAAAGAGUACAGCACAGCUUUGGAAGGUGACCAGUCCCCUGUCGAGAGAGAUCAGAUGGGCGAGGGGAGCUAUGCCGGCGGUUCAGCAGUGCCUGCAUCAGUGUCUGAAGCUGGCAGAGGAUCUAAAGGGCCGCUCGCGCUGGUGAAUGACUUCACGGUGAUCCGUAAAAAGUUCAAGUGCCCCUACUGCAGUUUUUCUGCUAUGCACCAGUGCAUCCUUAAGAGGCACAUGCGCUCCCACACCGGUGAGAGGCCCUACCCAUGUGAGAUCUGCGGCAAGAAGUUCACCAGACGGGAACACAUGAAGAGGCACACACUGGUCCACAGCAAGGACAAGAAGUAUGUGUGCAAGGUGUGCAGCCGGGUCUUCAUGUCCGCGGCGAGCGUCGGCAUCAAACACGGCUCCCGGCGGCACGGCGUCUGCGCCGACUGCUCGGGCCGGGGCAUGGCCGCGCUGCUGGACCACAACGGCGAGACGGGUGGGGACAUUUCGCCAGAGGAGGAGCUGUAUCCCGGGGACCGGUUUCACGACGACCAGGCGGAGUGUGACGGCGACGGGGAAGGGGAGGAGGAGAUGAUGGCGGAAGGGGACAGUGAGAUUUUGGGAGAAGGGGACGAAGAGCCGGGGAAGUGGAAGGUCUCAGGGAUGGCCGCCGAGGCCCACGGAGCGCUGGACAAUGAGAAGGAGGAGAGCGACUCCUCAGCUCAGGAGGGAGAGCAGCAGAACGGGAGUGAGAAAGACUUUGCCUGGAUCUCGUAGAACCUUUUAGGCCUCCUGUUUGUGGCUCAUCAACCAAUCUCUGGAGAUCUUCUCCGAUCUCUCAGGCAGAUUCCUCUGCUCACUUUACCCAUUCGCCCCACCCACUGGGGGCAGGCCUUCCUUUGUACGGAGAUGCUGUAGGGUGAUGCACGACAAUGAUCGAAACACUCAAAUGCACACACACACACACCAACACACACACUUUCUCAAGCUUGACCGCCAUAGAAGAAGAGUAAUCAAGAGAUGGCUUGAGUGCAAGGCUUUUUUCCGCUUACCUCCUCCACUUCAGAUGCAGUGUUUCUGUUUUUUUUUUUGUUUUUUUUUCUUCUUCUCGAGGGUUCAGGCUGGAGUCCAGCUGUUUUCUGCUCUGUCACAACAGGAAUCAGGCUGCCAAGGAAGCGGCCAGUGCUAGACUGCAACUUUGUAUGUUUGCCAUCACAAUCAUCGCAGAAACCAAGGAUCACAGACAGAGUUGGGGUCGGAGGGGGCGGGGGGGGGCAGCCAGGAAGGAGGGCAUCUCAGAGCGAGAGUCUAAAUCUAUUGCAAAGACUUGGUGUCAGGGUGGAGGACUGUGAAGCCCCAGAUGACACAUUUUCCUAGUUGAGUCCUACUGCCAGAGACUUGCACUUUAACGACAACUGACUCCUAUCAAAGUCCUGAACCCGUUUGGUUUACAUGUUUUGAUCUGAUAUUUACUUACCUGAACAACUCGGUGACCGCACCUACCUUUAAGGAUGUACCUUAUGUCCUCUCUGACUGUUAUCGCCAGAUAGAAAUCACUGAACCUUUGUGCAGAUUGCUGUUUAUAGAGCCUAUGCCUUUUUCAGCGCGCUCCUUAAUCUUUCUCCUAUUAAGUUCGCCACCCGGUUUCUAUUGAUCCGUUCCAGCGGAAACUGGAGGUUUUGUACAUAAAGAUGUAAAAGAAGGGGUGAAAUAAAAGGCUGCGCGAGACGGAGAGGGGCAGAGGGACGGAGAAUGAAAUCUGAGCGUGUUAAACCGAGAGUUUCUGCUCUGAAAGUCAACGCGAGCGCGCGGUGGAGCUACCUUACACUAACAAACGCUCUUUGUCUCUCUCGCUUGUCUCUCGCGUUGAAAGUUGUGACGAUAGGACCUGAGAGCCAAGUCUCUCGCACCCCCCCCCCUCCCCCCACCCUGGUUUUAUUCUUUCUUUUUUUUUUUUUUUACUUUUAUUUCCUCCUUAGCUCAGACGUGUAAAUUCCAGUUUCUCCCCACAGAAUAUGCAGACACUUUUCACGGCUACUCUUUUUUGCGUGCACCAGUUUCUCCUGCUUUGUAAGGUUGUAAAGAAAAAAAAGGAUCGACGUUGUGCUUGAAAUUCAGAGAUUUCAGUAUUUGUGUAAUAUUGAUUUGUUAUUUAUUGGAAACCGUUUCCUCCUUUCUGUGUGGCUGGGUGGGCGUGCGUGCGUUUGAAUGUGGGUCCGGCGUCUAGAAAGAGUCUACACUGCUUUUUAAGAUUAUUUCUGAGUUUGUUUGUUUUUUUUUUUUUUUGGCAGAAGUUAACAAUUGAAGUGAGGCUGAUGACAUGUCUUAAAUGUUAUGAUUAUCAGAACUAUGAUUAUUGUUGUUGAUGUUACUAUUAUUAAUUAUUCUUAUUAAGUGCUGGAUGAUAAGCUUUACUUUGUGUGCUUCUUUCAUUUGAUAUUUUAUACCUUGUACAAAAAGAAAGCUUUUAUACUUUGCCUUGUUGUGGACAGCAAGCCAUGGGGCUUUUUAUCGACCUUUUAUUGUGCCGGUUUAAGCUUUUUCUGUCGUAUUGCGUCUUUUUUUUUUCUUUCUUUUUGUUUUUGAACUACUGAUGGGGAAAAACACAUUCACUGCCCUGCUCUUCUUUUAGAUAUUGAUUAAAACAUUUUAUUACGCUUAUGCUUUUUGCAUCACUAAUGUACACUAAUUGAUUAAUAUGGAACCAAAAAAAAAGAGAAAAAAAUUACAAUCUAGUACUUUUGUAUACAUGAAGUGCUUUUGUUUCGCAGUCCGUGUUUUAACGAGUGCUUUUUGCCUUUAUAGUCGUGGUAAACGGUUCCGUUGUUGGGUUGUUUUGAUUCUUUUCUUUUAUUCCCACGAGCCUGUCGCUAUUCAUCACAAUCGGAUUAACGAAGUGCACAUGUUUUCAUUUUUUAUUAUUGCCAUUGUUGUCAAUUAUGAAGGGCUGUGCGAGAGGACCAGCUCGUUUUUGAAGACCGCAUCCUUAAAAGCAAGCAGAUUAGGUUUUGAUUUGAUUCGUUCACAGUUAAAGUGACACGCAGUGAGGUAGCUUGCAGACUAAACACUCCUCUCUAAAUGUGUGUUGAGUCUGCAGUCUGGAUCUCAUUCUUCAAAAAAACAUGGAAAGGAAGUGCUGCAGCUGGAACAUGUUGUGGGAAACAUGUCGCCUGUGAUGGUUGCACACAUCAGGCUCUCUGCUGCAGGUGCUGUGGACUGUACUUAUCAUUAAGAACAACAAAAUAACAAAAACUGCACAAUUUGUGAUGCUUUCUUCAUUUUUCGCAGCUUUGUUAGUCAUUGUGUUUUGACCUAUUUACCAAACUGUCUUUCUUUUCUGGGCUUGAAACAAGACAAAGGGGUAGAAAUUUUGAUGAAUGUUAGCAAUGGGUGUGGAAGGAGCCCAUGAUCAGUGACAAAUCUCUGUCCUGUGGUGCUGUUAUGGCCACUAAGAGACAUCUGGAUGUAUGUUUGAUUCCCCCCCCCCCCCCCCCCCACACACACACACACACUUUACUCUCUUUUCACGACCUGUGCUGUCCUCUUCCUCCUUCCGGGUUGUUCUUCAGGAAAACGUCCGCCAUUGACCCCUCAAUAUGUGCCUAAAUGACAUUUCCUUUCACCCGUGUGCUUGCAAGAGCGUCUGUGUGGAGAGAUGAGAUGAAUAUUUGGGUUUGUGGAUAGAGAUUAUCAAGAAGUGUUGUUGUUGUUGUUUUUUUUUUUUCUUUCUCCCAACAAGACAAAUCAUAACUGGGCAACUAGAUCCUCCCUUCCUUUCCUUGACCUUUCGUGCCCUGAUUCCGUGGUCUUAACUUGCAUGCCUGUGUUCAUUUUUGUCAUACCAAAGCGACGUUUUCGGCAUCUGCGCACGCCGGUCUCAUUCCACACACCGUGCAAAACUGGAACUGUUUGCUCUUUCUGCAGAUGAAUAUGGGUAUCCUUUGACGUGUACAAACUGCAAUCCUCAUUCAGCCUGUAUAGCUUGACUCACACGUGAAAAUCAUGAAGCCAUAGAUAUGGGUAUAUCUAUAUUCUACUAUAUUUCAAAAAGAAAAAAAAAGUUUUUUUGCCGCUUUUUACUUUAGAUUUUGUUCUACUAAGAGUGAUGUGUGUAUACCUUCAUAUAUAUGAAUUUAUAUUACUAUUAUAUAUUAUUUAUUUACUCUUUCAAGUUUCAAAAGGGUCUUUCAUUUGUAAAAGGUCACACUUGAAGCUUGAGGUUUGUUUAUUUUUGUUGGGAAUAUUUGUUCAAUAUGAUACUGACUUUAUAAUGAUUAUUAUAAUAAUCCUGUGUUUGUAACAAAAUGUGGUAAAUAAUCAGAAAAAAAAAGAGAAAAACUGUCCUGUUUUUACACCUGUUUUGUUUUUUGGGCAGAUUUAAGUGCUCUUGUGCUGAUAUAUUUUUGGUUGACAGUACUGAUCACAGAACAUUAUUGCGGUCAACCAUAAGCCUUCUGUUUCGAUGUUGGGUCGAGCCUGCCAGUCAUCCACGCCUCUUUCUAACUUCAUGUUUAGUGGAAGAAUUAGCUUAACUAUUAUUUGCAAAAUCCAAUCAGUCUCAAUAAAUUUUGAAAUUGCUGCUGUAAAGACGUGA